UGUCUCAUGAGUUAGUGUGCGUGUAUGUGUGCAUUACGAGAAAGGCCAGCGCAGAGCUUAGAGUGUAACGUGAAUAGAGCUCCAGUCCUCGCCACCGUCCCCGUCGCUUACGUUUCUUUAUAACCCAUUCUUCAAUCGAUUUUCUCUCUCUAACAUGCAAGUUCCUUCACCCUCCAACGUUAUGCUCGAUUCCUGUUCUUGAUUCCAUCGAUUUUUUUUUCUCUGAUUCUUUCCUCAUUUUGCCGUUUCUGACCUCUUUCCGCCUCUUUCAUUGGGGGAAGAUCAGCGUUAUGAAGAACGAGGAGCAGAUUCGGACUCUGUUUGGGAUUUCCCUCACGGAUAGGCCUAAAUGGCACCAGUUCCUCAUUUGCUCUUCUGGAUUUUUCUUCGGCUACUUAGUUAACGGCAUCUGCGAGGAAUAUGUAUAUAACAAGCUGCAAUUCAGCUAUGGCUGGUACUUCACAUUUAUUCAAGGAUUUGUGUAUCUGUUUCUGAUAUAUCUCCAAGGCUUCACUGCCAAGCAUAUGGUGAACCCUUGGAAGACUUAUGUCAAGCUUUCUGCUGUGUUGAUGGGUUCCCAUGGCCUCACCAAGGGGUCUUUGGCCUUUCUUAACUAUCCUGCUCAGCUCAUGUUCAAAUCUACAAAGGUUUUGCCGGUGAUGAUAAUGGGUGCCUUCAUACCUGGCCUCAGACGAAAAUAUCCCGCUCAUGAAUACGUUUCUGCUGUACUUUUGGUUGUGGGUUUGAUCAUCUUCACUUUAGCAGAUGCACAAACAUCUCCUAACUUCAGUAUUCUCGGCGUGGUCAUGAUAUCGGGUGCGCUAAUCAUGGACUCAUUUCUUGGAAAUCUGCAAGAAGCCAUCUUUACCAUGAAUCCUGAAACCACACAGAUGGAGAUGCUCUUUUGUUCUACUGUCGUUGGCUUGCCUUUCCUGAUCCCACCCAUGCUUCUCACUGGAGAAUUGUUUAAAGCAUGGACUUCAUGUUAUCAGGUAACAGUUAGCUCUCUCUCUCUAGAACUGCAUUUUCUCAUGGCCUUUUUUUCCCUUUCUUCCUUAUUUUCAUCCCCUAUUGUGCUAAGUGAAACACACAUUCUAAGAAUACCAUGUUUUAUGCAGCACAAAUACGUAUACGGUGUGUUAAUUUUUGAAGCCAUGGCGACCUACGUCGGCCAAGUCUCUGUUCUUUCACUCAUUGCCCUAUUUGGGGCAGCUACUACAGCCAUGAUAACAACUGCUAGAAAGGCAGUGACAUUAUUGCUAUCUUACUUGAUAUUCACAAAGCCAUUAAGCGAACAACAUGCGACUGGUCUGCUGCUCAUAGGCAUGGGGAUCUCGCUGAAGCUCUUACCUGAUUACAAGCCCAAAAACAGAGCCUCUUCAAAUGCCAGAACUUCCAGACCUGCUAACAAUGACAAUGAAAUGGCUCCUCAAAUUGAAAGUGAAAAAGAUGAAGAAAGAAGGCCAUUGGUUUAAAUUAGGAUACUUUUUUUAUUGUAUUUUUCCCCCAAAUCCCAUGUUAUAAAUGUAAGAAGGAUGCCUCUCAACUAUACAAUUUCAGUAGAUGGCUUCUCCACAUGCUCUGAUGAUAGCAAUCUCAAUGUUCAAAAUAGCUGAAAUGAGUUGCAAAUGAGGUCAUAUAGGGUCUUCUAUUUUUAUCACCCACCACCAUGUCAAUUUAUAUCCUAUUUUUUUGAACAA